AUGCACCGUGGCCGCUUCAACUACUCAAAGCAGUUACAGUCACAGAAAAAGGUUAAGUGCAGCGACAUGACUACACCACCAUUACCCACGGCAAAAGCCAUGAACAUCGUAGGAGCGGCGGCGACUGCGGCGGGAGCUCAGAAAACGGUGCUGAUAACAGGGGUGAGCAGAGGUCUCGGCAAAGCCCUAGCAUUGGAAUUGGCCAAGCGCGGCCACACUGUAAUCGGCUGCUCCCGUUCUCAAGAGAAGCUCUCCGCUCUCCAAUCGGAGCUAUCCUCUGCCUCCUCUAUUUCUUCCGAUAGCAGCAAGAAUAUCAAUGAACACCUUGUUAUGAACGUCGACGUGAGGUCUAACAGCAGCGUUGAAGAGCUGGCACGCUCAGUGGUGGAAAAGAAGGCUUUUCCCGAUAUUAUAGUGAACAAUGCUGGCACAAUAAAUAGGAAUAAUAGAAUAUGGGAGGUUCCAAUGGAUGAAUUUGAUGCUGUCAUUGAUACUAAUAUCAAGGGGACAGCAAAUAUGUUGCGUCACUUCAUUCCCAUUAUGGCCGAGAAGAAGCAAGGGAUAAUUGUUAACAUGUCAUCUGGAUGGGGAAGAUCCGCUGCUGCCCAGGUAGCACCAUAUUGUGCUUCAAAAUGGGCAGUGGAAGGUUUGACAAGGGCAGCGGCGAAGGAGUUGCCACCUGGAAUGGCAAUGGUUUCGCUUAAUCCUGGGGUGAUAAACACUGAAAUGCUUCAGUCAUGCUUUGGCAGUUCAGCUGCUCUGUAUCAAACUCCCGAUUCAUGGGCUCCAAAGGCGGCUACAAUGAUUCUCAAUCUUACAUCUGCGGACAAUGGUGCGUCUCUCACUGUUUGA